UCAUAUUGCUUUUGAGUAGACGGCGUUAAAAUCGCAUUAGCUAUUUGGAUGGAGUGUUUACACUCUAAAAAUAUUUUGUUAUUGAUUUGUUUAAUAUUGAUUUAAAGCCGUUAAUUAAUACGGCUCUAACAAUGGUUAAAGUGUUUUUAAGGCGUCUUGACGAGAGGCAUAAAGAUAUCGAAAUACCCAAAGGGAAAACUACGAUAGGAAGAGGGCCCUUGCUUGCUUGUGGAGAUAAAAAAGUGUCACGAAACCAUGCCAUUCUUGAAGUGGGUGAUGAAGGGGAAGUAAACUUGUUAGCUACUCAUGUAAAUCCUUGCUUCUACCAGCCCCAAGCUAAGGGAGAGUUUCGAGUUCUUAAGAAAGAUGAUAAAACUCAAAUACUUCCAGGUGAUGCAUUCCUGUUGCUACCUGGCUCUUUCAGAUUCAAAGUGGUUAUCAAGGAAGAUAAGAAGUCCACUUCGAAAGAGGUUAACAAAAAGUUCGUAAGAUGUAUUGCUUUAAUUUAGAUAUUUGGAAAUUAU